AAUAUUAAAAUGUUUAUCAUGAAAUUUCCAGUGAAUCCAGUCAAUCUCCUCCUCAGAGUAAUUUAAAAGUACUAAUUGUCCCUCCUUUAACCCUCCUUCAACAAUAAGGCGGUAAAUAUCGAGUAACCAUGAAAAUGAAACCCUUUCAUCCUCUAAAUCCAUUUCUUUAAACCAACAUUAUCUUGUCCCAUUGCCUUUGAACCCUUUGUAUGUCUUUUUUAUUUACAUGGAAAAAAAAGUGACAGCUUUUUGUUUCACCGUAAAUUACAUCUCCAUGAAUACAGCUAAUAAUAAUGAAGAUUGUGGUGAAGAUGAUGACGAUGAAGGAGACAAUAGCUGUAAUGAGUAUAAUUUUUCAUGUGACUUUCAACAACAAAAAAUCAACUCUAGUAAUAAGUCAUUCAACCUUCAAUUUUGUGCUAUGAUAAGGUGCGACUCGUUCACAUUCGCUUCAGUCCAACAUCAACCUUAACCACCAAAUCAACAAUUUACUCAUUCUCCAGUUUAAUCAUUUACUUAAGCCUCAUUUGGUGUUUAGUGUUGUGUUGUGUUUACACCAUUUAGACCCGGAAUUUAUUUGACAUCCACAAUGACCAUUACCUAUUCACUGAACGUUGCCAACACCCAGCUAGCUGGAUUUGCUAAGCUGUUGGUUCGCUGGAAAGGAAGCAUUUAUAAACUUCUAUAUCGUGAAAUGUUGAUCUUUUGUAUGUGCUAUUAUAGCCUCAGUCUAGUUUAUCGUUAUGGGUUAACAGAUCCCCAGCGUAGAGUAUUUGAAAAAGUUGCUCUAUAUUGUGAAGCCUUUACCAAGUUGAUUCCACUUUCAUUUGUGCUUGGUUUUUACGUUUCUAUAGUGGUUAACCGCUGGUGGAAACAAUUCUCAGCCAUCCCAUGGCCUGAUGAUUUGUUAUUGAUGAUAGCAGGAUAUAUUCAUGGUAACGAUGAGAGAGGUCGAAUUAUUCGGCGAACAUUGGCUCGUUAUCUAUUAUUGCUGCAAGCUUUGUGUUUCCAGGCCAUUAGUACAUCGGUUCGUAGACGUUUCCCUACUCUGGACCAUCUUGUUGAAGCAGGUUUAAUGACCAAAGAGGAGAAACUUGCUUAUGAUGAAGUUACCGGGACACAUGGUAAAUGGUGGCUUCCAGCCGCCUGGUUUACCAAUUUAACAAUUCGAGCUCGUAAAGAGGGUCGCAUCAAGGAUGACAUUUUAAUGAAGCAAAUAUUAACCGAAGCUUACCGUUUUAGAUCCAUGGGCGGUGAUUUGUUUGCCUUUGAUUGGAUCUCAAUACCUUUGGUUUACACUCAAACAGUUACCAUUGCUGUUUACACUUACUUUUUUGCUACCCUUGUGGCUCGACAAUACCUUGACCCAGCACAAGGUUACUCAGGCUAUGAUAUUGACCUUUACGUACCCAUAUUUACAAUUUUAGAGUUUUUCUUUUUCAUGGGUUGGCUCAAGGUGGCUGAACAACUGAUUAACCCUUUUGGUGAAGAUGAUGAUGAUUUUGAGUUGAAUUGGAUACUUGACCGUAAUCUGGUUGUCUCUAUGAUAAUUGUUGACUCUAUGUACAAUAAAUUUCCUCGUCUACAACGUGACUCUUACUGGGAUGAAUCUUCACCUACCUUACCUUACACUAAAUCAUCGAUGGGACUAAGAAAUCAACCUUACCUUGGAUCAGCCAUUAAUUUGGAAAUUAACUCAGAAGAGAGUGAAUUUAUUCCUCCCUCACUGGAAACCAUUAUGGAGGAUGAAGUUGACCCGAUGACACAGUACUUGACUCCUCCUAACAGUCCUAGUGCUGAUUUAAUGUCAAACUUAAUGUUCAACACUCAAGAUCAAGAAAUGGACUAUCGACAAAAUCAAAGUUCAUCUGGUCGUCGUCCACCAUCUUCCAUAUCACAAUCAGCCUUAAACAUAUUACCAGAUUUCAUUGGUUCCCGAAUAACCAACAUGAUUCUUGGUUCAUCUGUUGAAAAUGUUUCCGCAACAACCUUGAAACCAGGAUCUGUCGGAACGGAGAAAGGAUCUUUCCCAAACUCUGGAUUGCAUUCAUUAAAUACUUCAUUUAGCCUGAAAUCUCCUCGACGUCGAACUCGCAAGGUUUCCAUCAGCAAUAACAUUAACAAUGCAACACUCAAAGGUUCAGUAUCUUCAUCACUUUUCUCAAGAGAUUCAGUUGAAGAUAUUGUUAACCGUAUCUCACCUUCACCUAAUCAUGCUCGACGAAGCAUAAUUAAUCGAUCAAAAUCAGGAAAUCAAGAUGACCAGCGAUCACUGGUUAUUGAUCUGACCGAUGGUUUAUCACUGCAAUCUCAAUCAACCAUUUCCUCAUCAACAGCAGCCGGUCAACUACCUCAACCUCGCACUCGACCUCAAUCAGUCUCAAUGGAUGAAUCAUCUUAUGGUUUGAAUUACAAUUAUGGUAACAACAAAUAUCCAUACAUAAAUUACCGAAGAGAUGAUUAUGGUAAAGGUGAUGAUGGAACCUCAAGCUUGGUUUAUGAAAGUGACUUGAUGGACAGUGAUGAUCCAAUAUCAAUUAGGAAUCUGGAUUCUUCAUCAAACCUACCUCCAAUACCUCCAAAUCACCUGCAAUCUUCAUCAAAUUAUCAACCAGUGAAAGCAACAAAUGAAGAUAAUGGAGAAGAUCCAGGUUUACCCAAAGAAACCAGUCAACAAUCAGAACUGGAACAUUCUGAACCAGUUUACGAACCAACCUCAUCACAGGAAUCACUGUCACCGGGAAGCAAUCAGUCAACAGUGACAAGCAUAACUCAACUAAUUAGUAAAUCAACCAACGAUUGACUAUAACAGGAGUAAAGCAAAAUCCAAAAGAAACUCCAAAGGAAAAUGAAACAAAAACCA